AUGUCUAAAGUCAAGACAAUGUUGAAAAUUGGGGGCGGUGCGGUGUUAUUGGCCGCUAUAGUGGCCGUUUUCGUGGUCGCCACCCAGGGUCGAGACCCAGACCUUGAAGCCCUGGAGCAGGAAGGUCGUGAGUAUAUCAUGCACCUGGACAAGAUGGCCGGCUUGAGAAAGAACCGCGCAUCACUCGCCGAAUGGGCUUAUACUUCUAAUAUCACUAAGGAGAAUGAAGAAAAUCGGAUCCAAGUUCAGCUGGAGAUAUCGCAACAAGAAAAACAGGCUUGGGAAGAAACUAAGAUGUACAGGUGGCAAGACUUCCAAGACUUUUCUUUGCGACGCAUGUUCAAGAAAUACAGUCAACUAGGAGUAGCCGCCCUCCCCAAUGACAAAUAUAAACAGCUUAUGCUCUCGAUAUCAGGAAUGGAGUCGAACUACGCCACAGCCAAAAUAUGUUCCUAUAAGAAUUCUAGUAAAUGUGACCUAUCUUUAGAACCAGAUUUAACAGAAAUAUUCUCUAAGAGCCAAGACCCUGAGGAACUGAAAUAUUAUUGGGUGCAAUGGCACAAGGCAGCCGGCGCCCGCGCGAAGCAAAACUUCACAGAAUAUGUGCAACUAGAUAAUGAAGCCGCUAAAUUAAACAAUUUCGAUGACGUUGCUGAGUGGUGGCAGUCUGAGUAUGAAGUUCCUGACUUUGAAAAGCAGCUAGCAAAAAUAUGGGAAGAUGUAAAACCCUUGUAUCAACAAUUGCAUGCUUAUGUAAGGAAACGCCUAAGAGAUAAAUAUGGAGAAGAAGUUGUGUCAACAAAGGGUCCUAUACCAGCUCAUCUAUUAGGCAACAUGUGGGCGCAGACUUGGAACAACAUAGAAUCAUUCACAAGACCAUAUCCAGAUAAAAAAGAAGUAGACAUCACGCAAGCAAUGCAAAAUCAGAACUAUACACCACUGAAAAUGUUCCGAAUGUCCGAUGAAUUCUUUAGAUCUCUCAAUUUGACCGCUAUGCCUGAAAAGUUCUGGAAGAAUUCCAUCAUUGAAAAGCCAACGGAUCGAGAAAUCGUUUGCCACGCAUCCGCUUGGGACUUCUACGAUGGAGAAGACUUCAGGAUCAAACAGUGUACGACAAUAGACUAUGAAUAUUUCCAAACUACACACCACGAAAUGGGCCACGUGCAAUACUUCCUCCAAUACAAAGAUCAGCCAGUCGUCUUCCGAGACGGAGCUAAUCCAGGUUUUCAUGAAGCUGUAGGCGAUACCAUCGCUCUAUCGGUCUCAUCACCUAAACAUUUGCGUCGCGUUGGAUUAACAAGUGGAGAUGCGGAAGAUGAGCAGACUGAAAUCAACCAGCUUUACAAAAUGGGUAUCGAUAAGAUUGUUUUUCUCCCGUUUGCGUACACAUUAGACCUUUUCCGUUAUGGUGUAUUCCGUGGCAAAACAACCCCCGAUGACUAUAACUGCCACUACUGGAGAUUGAGAGAAGAAUUGCAGGGCGUGGAGCCUCCAGUGAACCGAACUGAGGAAGACUUUGAUGCUGCUGCUAAAUAUCAUGUUUCUGCUGAUGUGGAAUAUGCAAGAUACUACGUCUCGUUCAUCGUUCAGUUCCAAUUCCAUCGGGCUCUAUGUCAAAUAGCCGGAGAAUAUGUACCAGAGGAUUUGACAAAGAAACUAGUCGAUUGCGAUAUUUACCAGAGUGUAGCAGCUGGCAAUGCCCUGUCAAACAUGCUGAAGAUGGGUUCUUCUCGGCCGUGGCCUGAUGCGAUGGAAGCGCUGACUGGUCAAAGGGCGAUGAGGGCAGACGGUCUCCUGGAAUACUUUAGACCGCUACAUGAAUGGCUCCAAGCUGAAAAUCAACGAACUGGAGAACACAUUGGAUGGGAGUCUAGUAAAAUUCAAUAUUGUACUGAGGAGCAGAAAGCGGCCCUUAACGCUAAAGAAACAAAGAACAGAACAGAAGCCGCGCACGAGUCGUGA